GAGGAGGACGAGGGGGAGAGUUCAACCGACCAGGUGCGAGUGAUCGGUCUCGUCUUGGCCUUUUUAGCAAUCGUCGUGCUUGUGGUUCUCCUCUGCGGUAUGAAGACCAAGAAAAAAAGCAUACCGAUGCAAGAGCCUCCGAAACUGGAGCCAGAAGAAGCUCCACCAGCUCCGGAAGAUUUGCCCGAUGCAGGGAUGAAGGUGAAAAAAAAGAAGACCGCCAAAUGCAAGAGCUGGAUGCGCAGGAGCUGUCGGCCCAUCCUGCUCCACAACGAGGCCAGUCUGCGGAAGUACAAGGAGAACGCCGAGAAGGAGGUGGCCGUCCACACCGAACGCACUCAGCGGCAGAUCGCCGUGUGGACGAAGGCCAGGGAGCGGGAUGCCCAGAAGAAGAGGGACAGGCUCGAACGAAAGGCCUCUAGGAUAUAACUCUCCAGCUUAUUUUCAGAUUUUCAAAUACAUAGUUAUCCAAUUCAACCAUAAAAUGAAGUAUGAAAGCUCUUUUUGAA